AUCAGCUCUGUGUGCGGGCUGAGCUUCGAUGGAGGACCACAUGACGGAGCACAACAAGAAGCGUUAUGAAUGUGACGUGUGUGGCAAGGCCUGCCGGAGCCCGAGCAAGCUGGAGAUCCACCGGCGGGUGCACACGGGAGAACGCCCCUUCGACUGCUCGGAGUGCGGCAAGAGUUUCAAGACGGCGAAUGUCCUCAAGGCCCACCGGCGAGUGCACACUGGCGAGAAGCCCUAUGGCUGCUCCACAUGCGGCAAGAGCUUUACCCAGAUGUCGCGGCUGCGGGAGCACCAGCGGGUGCACAGCAAUGAGCGGCCCUUCACCUGCUCCGACUGCGGCAAAGGCUUCAAGUCGUCCAAGGACCUGAAGGUGCACAGGCGGCUGCAUACCGGGGAGCGGCCCUACACCUGCAGUGACUGCGGCAUGGGCUUCACCAAUUCCAGCAACCUGCUAAAGCACCAGCGGACCCACACCGUUGAGCGCCCCUACACCUGCGCCCAGUGCAGCAAGGGCUUCACCCACUCCAGCAGCCUGCUAAAACACCAGUGCACCCACACCGACGAGCACUCAUACACCUGUGCCCAGUGUGGCAAGGGCUUCCCCCACUCCAGCAACCUGCUGGUGCACCAGCGCACCCACACCGGCGAGUGCCCCUACACCUGCGCCCAGUGCGGCAAGCGCUUCACCCACUCCAGCAACCUGCUGAAGCACCAGCGCACCCACACCGGCGAGCGUCCCUACAAUUGUGCCCAGUGCGGCAAGGGCUUCACCCACUCCAGCAGCCUGCUGGAGCACCAGCGCACCCACACCGGUGAGCGUCCCCACACCUGCGCCCAGUGCGGCAAGGGCUUCACCCAGUCCACCAGUCUGCAGCUGCACCAGCGAACACACACCGGGGAGCGGCCCUACACCUGCACCCAAUGCGGCAAGGGCUUCAUCUGCUCCAGCAGGCUGCUAGAGCACCAGCGCACCCACACAAGGGAGUGGCCCUACACGUGCGCCCAGUGCGGCAAGGGCUUCAUCUGCUCCACCAGGCUGCUGUCGCACCAGUGGAUGCACACCGGCAACCGUACCGUCCCCAGCCUGGCGUGUGGAGAGCGCUUUGCCAUUGGCUCCCACGCCUUGUCUCACCAGCACGUGCAAACCAGUGGCCAGCCCUACGACUACCCGCACUGUGGUGAGUCGUUUGACAGCGUGCGGGGAUUGACGCAGCACCGGCAGACUCACACCGGCGAGCAGCUGCUCCCACAAGAGAGCAUGGUCGCCGCUGCCGACGGUCUGAUGUCCGAAGCCCUCGCAUCGGGUUGA